UCUGUUUCCGAGAAUUAUUUUUUGUUAUGGAAGAGCUAAGUGAUAAACAGGAGGAGAAAGUGGAAAUGGAGAGUAGCACGUUAGAGUCGAUAAACGAGAAUGGACUGUCCACCGAGAAACCUGUAGACGACGAAAAUUCGUCGGAGCAAACUAACGAACAACCGGAAUCCGAGGAAUGCCCGGUUAAAACUGCCGAGUGCAAGCAAGUCUUCGACGAGAGUGCAAGUCCGUCGAACGCGAAGGAGACCGUCACGGGGACGAAAGUAAAGCGUAAACUGAGAUCGACGCGUAGAAAGUUGAAUUCGAUGAUCAACAACACGUCGUUACACUUCUCCGACACCGAUUCCGAAGGUGAAUUAACCACGAUUAAUUCUCAAGUUCGGACGUUGAAUCACACGGCGGACGAUCAGCAAUGGCCGAUUAUUUGCGUGACGUCGGACGAUACGGAAGCCAAAGGCUCGAAUAUCUUGUCACCGGACGACGACAAAGGUUCGCCUCAACGUGGCAAUUUCGUGGAAUGUCUGACGGACGUUGAUGAGAUUUAUCCAAGUGAACCGGAAACCGAGCAAAUUGAAAAUCAGAACUGUCUGAAGGUCGCUGAAAAUCCUUGUCACGGUGAAACAGAUCUCGAGGACUUCGAGGGCGACGACGAAGUCCAUUGGAUGAUCUACGUGAAACCAAGAUCCGACAUUUUUUGUGAUUAUAGCGGGGAAACGGUAAUGACCAAAGAAGGUGAUGGACCGUUUUCUGUAGAAGUGCGGAAUAAAAUGUACCGCGACGACUCACCGUUGAACAGGUCGUGCGGCACCACGCCGGAUAUCGUGGUGAUGUCCAAUACAGACGAGGAAGAUAUGGACAUAUCCGACGAGGAGGAUGUAGAGGAAGCUUGUUGCAGUCAUAAGGAGUUGUUGGAAGACUUGGAGGUCCUUGCAGCGUCUCAUGUUGUUAUGAAAAAUAUGAAUAAAAUGGAAAAUAUGUUAGUUGUUAAAGAUAACGACGAUGCGAUUAGCGACUGUCAUACCGAUGUCGAAGAUGUCGAUCCGAACGAAUAAGUUUAUACGAAUGAAAUGUCGACGAACUGAUGGCAAAGAAAAGGAAGGAGGAAACUAAAUCGGUUCAAAAAUUAAUCGAUUCAUCUUUUUACCAUAAAAAGGUUAUUCGAUUUCUCUACAUCAGUUUCUAAGAAGAUCGUAGUCGUAAUAAUUGAAAGUAGUGCGGGAAAAGCAAAUAUCGAUAAGUAAUAUCUACCUAUAAACGACGUUCAAUGAAGAAAAGAGUGUUUCGUAAGAAAGCCUACGGGAAAACUAAUCCAUUAUCAAACAUGGCACUACAUACGGUGAAGGUGAUGACGGU